CUACUUCAGCCUCCCCCCACCCCAUUUACUUGAUUUCCAUUUUUCCCUUAGAUGCUGCUGCUAAUCCUGUCACUCGUCCUCCUUGGAGGUUCAGCCAAUGGAGUCCAACAAAGCCAAUCCCAAAGUUUCGUUGAACAAGAAGAAGGAACCAAUUUUAUCUUUUCUAAAGAGGGGCAGGAAAUCAAUGGAGUCCGGGUCCUAGUUGCAACAUCAGGUUACCUGAGUAGCAUCCAAAUACGGUAUGGAACUACAUGGAGUGAAAGAUAUGGUAGUACAUCAGGCUCUCCACAGGAAGUCACCUUGAACCCAGAUGAGUUCAUUGUCAAAGUGACUGGCAGCAAUGGCAAUACAAAGUGUCUCCAGCACCUCACCUUUGUGACUGACCAAGGCAGGAAACUUGAGUUUGGCAAAGUUGGUUCAAAUCAGUUCACAGCUUUCUCCACAGAGGAUGGGAAGGCACUGUCUUCUAUCUUUGGACGGUAUGAUUCAGCAUGCCUAACAGGUUUUGCAUUUGAUUGGGUGCUCAAAGUGAAGACAAAAAAAGAGAAUUUGAAAUCUCAACAGUCAUCCAGCCAACUACUUAUUCAGAAAUCAUCUAGAAAACAACUCAUGGGACAGCCAUCCGACAAAGCACUUAGGGGAAUGUCAUCCAGUCAACUACUUAGUCAACAGGUAUCUAGACAACAACUCACAAGACAGUCAUCCAACCAACUACUUAGGGGAAUGUCAUCUAGCCAACUACUUAGUCAACAGGCAUAUAGACAACAACUUACGUCACAGCCAUCCAGUGAACAACAAUCGUCUAACGUUCCAUCCAGAAAAGGGUGAUAAUUUAAACCAUAGCCAUUACCAUUUCCCCUCAUCCCCAACACCCUAGAAUGUAAUUAAUAGCAAUGCUAAUUCAAAUUAUUCAAGCCCUGUUCGUAGUCCUGAUACCUUAAAUGAUCUAGUUCUUGGCCAUAAUGCUUGCCCUUCAAACUACCAUGCAUCUAUUUGCUAUCAUGAUUCCCCAAAUUCUCUAGGCCCUGCAUGCAACCAUGAAUUCUAAUAGUCUCUAGAUAAAAGUUAUAACACAGCAAAGAAUUCAGUGGAAGUACCAUCCCCUGAAAGAAACCAGGCAUUAAGGCAGGAAUUAAACAUGCAGAAUAAUAUAUGAUUAUUUCCAGAUGAUUAGUUUGGAAAUCCUGUUUUCAAGGCAUAUGAUUGGGAU